AUGGGCCUAUUUUCAGCAUUCCAAAAGUCGGAUGAGGACCGUCGCGCGGAGGAAGUGCGCAGCGGAGCCCGUGCCCCGGACCGUAGCGAGCGCCGCAAGUGCUGGGAAGCCCGCGACGCCUACUUUGGCUGCCUGGACCGCAAUGCCAUUACCGACGCCCUCAAGGACGACGGCAAGGCGCGCAAGGCGUGCCCCAAGGAGAAUGCCGACUUUGAGAGGGAUUGCGCUGCUGCUUGGGUGAAAUACUUCAAGCAAUGGCGCGUAGCAGACAUCCAGAAGAAGGAGCGUAUAGCCCAGCUUGAAGCCGAGAACGCUAUCAAGAUGGACGUUACCACGACCUUCGCCGACAAUUCCAAGGGCACCAGCAAGGCCGAUCUCCAAGACAUGCUUGCGUCGAGACGCAAUUAG